AUGCCAAAAGAUCUUGAUAAAAAAAACCUCACGAUCCACUUUCUCGCGGGUGGCGGAGCCGGUUUAACGGAGGCACUAUGUUGUCAUCCUUUGGACACUAUAAAAGUGAGAAUGCAGCUGAACAAGAAGAGUACGAGGCCCGGUUUUCUUACAGUAGCCGUCAAUAUCAUACGAAAAGAGUCACCCUUGGCAUUAUACAAAGGACUUGGUGCGGUGGUAACAGGAAUCGUGCCGAAGAUGGCCAUUCGUUUCUCCAGCUUUGAAUUAUACAAGAGUUGGUUAGCUGAUAAAACAACGGGCAAGGUCUCAACCGUGGCCACAUUUUUUGCCGGGCUUGGUGCAGGUACUACAGAAGCUGUGCUUGUUGUAACUCCUAUGGAUGUCAUUAAGAUCCGCCUGCAAGCUCAACGACAUUCGAUGACCGACUCUUUUGACAUUCCAAAGUACCGAAAUGCGGGACAUGCCGCGUAUACCAUUGUAAAGGAGGAAGGACUUAUAGCUUUGUACAAGGGCGUGGGUUUGACCGCGCUCAGGCAAGCCACAAAUCAAGCCGUCAAUUUUACUGUAUACCAAGAAAUGAAAAAGCAUAUGAAAAAAAUACAGGCCACUAGAGAAGGUCAAGAACUGCCUUCCUAUCAACACUUGUUGAUGGGUGGUAUCAGUGGCGCUAUGGGUCCUAUUGCCAAUGCUCCGAUUGACACCAUAAAAACACGUAUCCAGCGGUCGAAUAGCCCCGACAAAGGUUGGACGAGACUCAAGUCCGUUGUGGUAAACCUCAUCGAAAAAGAAGGUUACAUGGCCUUUUACAAGGGUCUGUUUCCUCGUUUGAUGCGUGUAGGUGUAGGCCAAGCUGUUACCUUUGCCGCUUACGAAAGAAUCAAGUCUUAUAUGAACCUACUCUCUUGGAUUACGGCCGAUGAGAAAUAUUGA